ACCUUCCUCUAGUUGUUUUUUUUCUUUUUUUACCUUUGGGUUUGCAUGAACCCAAGCACCGAGGUUCAUCUUGGAACCCAUCUCCUAGGUUCGUCGCGAACCUAGGAGACGAACCCAGGCGCUGGGUUUGUCUUGAACCUAGGCGCGGAGUUCAUCUUGAACCCAAGUGCAAUGUUCGUCGCGAACCCAGCUCUUGGGUUCGUCUCCAAACUAAAGAUGAGUGGUUUUCGAUUUAAGGAGAAAGAAGACGAGGAAGAAUACGGUAAGGAUUUUCUGUUUGUUUCUUUGAUUAGACGAGGAUUUUUGGUUUGUUUCUCUGAUUGGAUGAGGAAGAAGAUAGUUAAGAAGACAGGGAAGAAACAGAUGUGCCUGGGUUGCUUGUUGGAAAGAGUUGAGUUGCUUGAGUAAGCAAAACUUUGAAUUUGAGUUUUCUGAUCAAAUAAAUCGUCGACGAGGUCGAUCAUCGCCGUUCCACUUUCCCAGAUCGUUGAAACUGAAGGGGAAAACGGAAGACCCAAAUGCUAUAAUCAGUUUUGGUGAUUCUUUGUAGCUCAGAAGUAAGGAAAUAAAAAUGGUGAAGAUGACAAUGCUUGCCCGUGUUACUGAUGGUCUUCCUCUAGCGGAGGGACUGGAUGAUGGUCGUGAUCUGAAGGAUGCUGAAAUUUACAAACAGCAAGCAAAGGCUUUGUUUAAGAAUCUCUCAAAAGGACAGAAUGAGGCUUCUAGGAUGUCAAUUGAAACUGGC